CGGGACCGCACCCUGGGCCACCAGGAGCCCCAGUGGAAGGAGUUCCGCUUUGACCUGACCCAGAUCCCGGCGGGGGAGGCCGUCACGGCCGCGGAGUUCCGGAUUUACAAGCUGCCCAGUACCCACCUGCUCAACUGGACCCUCCACGUCAGCAUGUUCGAGGUGGUCCUGCAGCAGUCCAACAGGGAGUCUGACUUGUUCUUUUUGGAUCUUCAGACGCUCCGAUCUGGGGACGAGGGCUGGCUGGUGUUGGACGUGACAGCAGCCAGUGACCGCUGGCUCUUGAACCGUAACAAGGACCUGGGACUCCGCCUCUAUGUGGAAACAGAUGACGGGCGCAGCGUGGAUCCUGGCCUGGCCGGUCUGCUGGGGCAACAGGCACCGCGCUCCAAACAGCCUUUCGUGGUCACCUUUUUCAGGGCGAGCCCCGGCCCCAUCCGAGCCCCUCGGGCGGUGAGGCCCCUGAAGAGGAGGCUGCCGAAAAGAACCAACGAGCUGCCGCCCCCAAACAAACUGCCGGGGAUCUUCGACGACGUCCACGGCUCCCACGGCCGACAGGUGUGCCGUCGGCAUGAGCUCUAUGUCAGCUUCCAGGACCUUGGCUGGCUGGACUGGGUCAUCGCCCCCCAAGGCUACUCAGCCUAUUACUGUGAAGGGGAGUGCUCCUUCCCCCUGGACUCCUGCAUGAACGCCACCAACCACGCCAUCCUGCAGUCCCUGGUGCACCUGAUGAAGCCUGACGCGGUCCCCAAGGCGUGCUGCGCGCCCACCAAGCUGAGCGCCACCUCCGUGCUCUACUACGACAGCAGCAACAACGUCAUCCUGCGCAAGCACCGCAACAUGGUGGUCCGCGCCUGCGGCUGCCACUGAGGCCCCGCCCCGCCUCCUGCGCCGCCCCUACCGGGUCAGGUCAGCCCUCCGCAGGGGUCAGCCCCCAACGCCCUCACAGUUCAGGCAGGGCGGCAGCGAGGGCGACCCCCCGCUGCCCACAUCCUGCCAGGGGGCUGGUCCUCCCCAGGCCC